UUUGCGAACUCAUCUUUUGUAAGGCUGUUCCCUAGUUUUCUUAUUUCUUUCGCCCUCUCCGUUGAAAGAGAACGGUGCUAUGGCAGAACAAAACCCUCAUUUUAAUAGAAUUUUAGAUCAAAUCAGAGACAAAUUACGUGCUGAAAACAUAAAGCUGUGGCUUCCACCUUACACUGUCUCAAACGACCUUCCAGGAAUCUACCCGGAGGAAUUAAUAAACCAGUAUUCUGAAGCUCUAAAUGAAUCUGCAGAAGAAAUUUUUGAAGCACUAGAACAGUUAAGAAUUCGUGCUGUGACAAAGCUUCAGACAGAGCAAAGGUUUGCUAAAUCAGGAAUUGCAACCAUCAAGGUUCACUUUACUGGCAGUGUUCCUCAAGGGAUAAACAACAGAUUGCAAAUACAAACUGGUUUACAUGUUACAGGGGAAGAUUUUAGAAGAAGCUUGAAAAAAGAAACUGGUCUGGAUGCUGAAAAAAUGAAACUUAUAUGUAAAGGACAUGUUAUAUGUGAUGACAAAUCUCUUGAGAGUCAGAAUUUGAAGAACAACAGUCAGAUCAUGGUGCUUCUGUUGUCAAAGUCAAGUGCUGAAAUGGAGAAUCAGUGGCAAGGGAAGGAUGAGGCAAGAGAAAAUGUGUCCAGAACUAGACAAGCUGCUGAGGCAUUGUCAAAUAGACAAGACAAUCUUAAAGAUGACAGGUUUUUCCUGGAGAUUAGUGAUCAAGAAGGUCGUCCAAUUCAGCUGCCUGAAAAUGAAAGAAAGGCUUUGGCUCUGGCUCUUACAUUGCACGAAAAAGGACGAAGUGUUCUUAAAAAGAGAAACUACCCUGAGGCUCUUUUAUUACUCCUUGAGGCAGAAAAGGAAUUCAGUCAUUGCAGGGCUCAGAUUCUUACUGCUGUUGAUAAUUAUGGUAUCCUUUGUCUGGACAUUGUCUGGUGUUACUUUUGGCUCAAGAGUAUUGUUGAUCUACCCAAUGCAGAGGAAAAAUUGAAGAAGUGCAAGGAGUGUUUUGAAAGAAGCUAUGGCCAAAACCUUGAGAGGCUGACUGUUGUUAGGGGUAGUAGUGGUGGUGAAUUGGCCCUUUUUGUGCGCCUGUAUGUGCUGGAGGCUGUUUGUGCAUAUCAUAAAGGAGAUAUUUUCGGUACAGCAAAAUGUUUGGAUAAGGCGGAAGAUUUACAAAGUAAGCUGCAUAUCAACAAAGAUCAAUUAAACCAGAUGUUGAUGAUGGGUUUUACAGAAUCUGAAGCUCGUCUCGGUUUAAGAGCUUGCCAAGGGGACACCACCCUGGCUAUUGAUUAUAUCACAACGAAGAGACAGGAGAAAAAAGAAAGAAGGAAGAAAGAGGUCGAAGAGAGAAAGAAAAAACGACUGGAAAGAAAAUUAGGGAAGACUGGAACAGGAGAAUGGGUCAAUGUAGAUUCAUAUAAAUUCCUUGUGGAGAUGGGUUUUUCCAGCUGCAUGGCCACGCAGGCCUUGAAACAGGCGAACAAUGAUAUCAAUAAUGCGCUGCAGGCUCUUCAAGAUAAUCCAGAUUUACUUGAUAUUCCUGGCAAAAGGUCCAGAUCAUCCUUCAGUGAAUCUGAUCUCUCUGAUGAACAAGUUGCUCAGGUCUUGUCCAUGGGUUUCCCAGUCGAGUCUAGUAAGGAAGCCCUAAAGCGUUGUCUUGGUGAUGUUCAGCAAGCUAUAAAUAUGUUGCUGUCGACCGAAGGAGUUCUUCCUUCCUUAUCACUACAGGCUGUUCAAGGCAACGGCUCAGAAAGCGAAGAUGAAGAGGACCAAGAUCCAGAUGUUGAAGAAGCUGUUAAUGAAUUAGUGCCAGUCCUCGCUACUGAAGAUGAUGAAUCUUAUUUGAACAUGUCACUGGAGGAAGAAACAUCUAUUAUUGUCGAAUACAGGACAAUGAUUUUAUCUUCUGGCUACAAUGCAAAUUCUGCUUCAUUUAAAUCCUAAUUCCGAAUAACUCUCUUAAACCUCUCUUUUGAUGUUUUAUCCAAUCGCGGCCUUUAUAUUGCUAGGUAGAGUAAACGUGAGAUUUAAGUUACAUGCUUAUCUUCGCUUCGAUGAUAAAAACUUGUAUUUAAGCGUGCUGGCCUGAAACCUACUUUUAACAUAAUAGUGGAGCUCGCAGAGCGUAGCCCCAUAAUUAAACCAAAUAGUAGUAACCCAUCAAGCCGGAAAAAUUUGGAGUUACGACCCUACGACCGUACAAGAUGCUACUUUUAACAUGCGUGGUCAACUGUACCGCG